GAUGUAGGUUUGUGGUGAGACUGAUGCUCACAGACAGAAACUGACUUCCUCUUCCUGUAGAGCUCUGAAUACUUUCACUAUAGGCUACACAGGUUUCAUGUGCACGUUUCGUUUGAGCUCACGAUGUCUCAGGCUGAUAAAUUGAAGCAGGGGCAGUUCACAAACCCAGAGACUCCUGGCUAUGUGGGAUUUGCAAAUUUGCCAAACCAGGUGCACCGGAAAUCAGUGAAAAAGGGCUUUGAGUUUACACUUAUGGUGGUGGGUGAGUCAGGAUUGGGGAAGUCCACGCUUAUCAACAGUUUGUUCCUCACAGAUCUCUAUCCUGAGAGAGUCAUUCCUGGUGCUGCAGAAAAGAUUGAGCGUACUGUGCAGAUCGAGGCCUCAACGGUGGAGAUCGAGGAGCGUGGAGUAAAGCUUCGCCUUACUGUGGUCGACACACCUGGAUAUGGAGACGCCAUUAACAGCCAAGACUGUUUCAACACCAUCAUCGCAUACAUCGAUGACCAGUUUGAGCGUUAUCUUCACGAUGAGAGUGGACUUAACCGCAGGCACAUCGUUGACAACCGUGUGCACUGUUGUUUCUAUUUUAUUUCUCCUCUGGGUCAUGGACUGAAGCCUCUAGAUGUCCAGUUCAUGAAGGCCAUUCACAACAAAGUGAAUGUUGUUCCUGUUAUUGCUAAAGCAGAUACCCUGACCCUAAGGGAGAGAGAGAGACUCAAGCGCAGGAUUUUGGAUGAAAUUGAUGAGCAUGGCAUCAAGAUCUAUCAUCUACCUGAUGCAGAGUCAGAUGAAGAUGAAGACUUUAAAGAGCAAACCAGAAUUCUGAAGGCCAGUAUACCCUUUGCCGUUGUGGGAUCCAACCAGCAGAUUGAAGCAAAAGGGAAGAAGGUGAGAGGGCGUUUGUACCCUUGGGGUGUGGUGGAGGUGGAAAACCCUGAACACAACGACUUCCUUAAACUUCGCACCAUGCUGAUCACCCACAUGCAGGACCUGCAGGAGGUGACUCAGGACCUUCAUUACGAAAACUUCCGCUCGGAGCGCCUCAAACGGGGCGGCAGGUUGUCCUCCCAUGGUUACAUUCUGCCUCUGUCGCCUGCGAAGGCCCCGGAGCCAGAGGAAAUGGACAAGGACAUUAUCCUUCAGGAGAAGGAGGCUGAGCUGAGGCGGAUGCAGGAGAUGAUCGCCAAGAUGCAGGCACAGAUGCUGAAGCAGGGAGAUGAGUAAGGAGACGGCCCACACCUGUGAGAAACACGAUGCUGAUCUGUCAUUUGAGCUUGAGCCGAUCGCACACAGCGUGAAAUGGAAAAGGAAGGAAAGUGAGGAUAUUGGUCCAUAGCUCCUCCUGCUUGCCAUUUUCUUAGUUUUUCCUCUUUAAGCAGUAUUAAGUGUUUUGUUAUUUACUAUGAUGCUGUAUUUAAAGUUCAUUUAUUAUUUUUUUCAACACCUUGCUAUGCCAGUAACCAAAAUGAAGAAGCACCCUGUCAGUUACUGUUCAUGUUUUGUCUUUUGUUACAAAAGCCAAAUGCUACCGGUAAAGGACCUUCUUCUGUAAAGCAACUUUUAUAGGCCAAUGAAAGUCCUUUUUGCCCAAAAUGACUCCAUCUACAGUAACUAACAAUCACUGUGAACAGUUAAAGCAGCUCUUGAAUUUGAGUGUCAUGAUGUUUUUUGAUAAUUGAUUUUAUAUUGUUUAUAAAUGUUGCCGGAGAGAUUGCUGCCUUCCUGUUCAAGAGGCUUUCUGAAGUACUUCUCUCUUCCCUGCAUGAAGAAGUCUUAUUGUCAUUCUUUAACAAAUGCAAAAACGGUAUACCGUGACCCUUUGUAGAUGGAAACUGUUGUGUAAUAUCAGAUGUUAUUUUGGUCUUAAGUGCAAUGUGAAAUCUGGUAAGUGAAGUGAUAUACAUUGACACAUUGAAAUCUUUGACCUUAAUUCAUGCCACAUUUGACCUCCCUUUGGGUUAUGUGGUUAUUUUAACUCAUUUCUGUGACUUAAGGAGAUUUAUAUCUGUAUCUUUAAAUAAAGUUUCUGACAUGUGGGAUUAUAUACGUUACCCCAUAGUCACUUUCUAAACCCGUUUCCCAUAAUUGCCCUUGAAAAUGUAGUUGUCGACAUUCCACUUUCUAUUAAACCACUACUGUCUAUCAUCUUGUAAUUAAAUUUCAUAUUAAAACUG